AAUAACAAAAAACCAAUACAUAAAAGGAUUGAAUAAAUAAUUAAAUUUAUUUCAAUAUUUCGAAAAGCUACAUUUCUCUAUUAGCUACACAGUUUCAAUCGAUUUCGUGGUCAGAAUCAGUAUGGAAGAAAUUCAAGCGAUCACAGAAGGAAAAAUAAUCGCAAAGCGUUGGAAAAUCGUUGAAAAACUCGGCGAAGGCGGUAUGGGUGCGGUGUUCAAAGUACGAGAUCUGACCCGCUUUCAGACAUACGCCGCAAUGAAAGUCGAGGGAGACGUGAGUGACGGCGGGGUUCUGAAGCUGGAGGCUCACGUGCUCAAAUCACUGGCUCCACUGCCGUUUUGUGCAAGAUUGAUGGAUGCUGGCGAUCGAAAAUCGUAUUGUUUCAUGGUGAUGACUCUUCUUGGCAAGGAUCUGAUGGCUCAUAAACGGGAUGCUAAUACUCCGAGAUUCUGUGAGCAGACGACUCUUCGUCUCGCGAUGGCAACGUUGUUUGCUAUCAAACAGAUUCAUGAAGUGGGAUUCACUCAUCGGGAUAUUAAGCCGGGAAAUUGUGUGACCGGGGUUCAUGGGAGUGACGCCAAAAACGUCUAUCUUAUUGAUUAUGGAAUGGUCCGUCAAUUCACCGCCAAACGAGAGAACGGAGAGACCGCACUCCGCAGAGCUCGAUCCGGCGAGCAACUAUUCCGUGGAACUCCUCGCUAUUGCAGCAUGAACGUUCACAAUCGGAAAGAGCAGGGACGCGUCGAUGAUCUCUGGUCGUGGCUCUACAUGCUCAUCGAGCUUCAUUGUGGGCUCCCGUGGCGCCGACUGACCGAUGAGAAGGAGAUUAUGGACGCGAAGAUUGCAUGCUCCAUGGAAACUUUGUUGAAAGGGUGUCCCAAGGAAUUUGCGAAUAUUCACAAGUACCUGGAGACACUGGAAUACAAGAGCCGCCCGGAUUAUUUCGGCCUGUGGAGCGAGUGCUUUGCCGGUUUCAAGAGAGUCCGUGGAUCGUUCUUUGGCCGAUUCGAGUGGGAGCUUGGGAAGGGCGGUGGUGAGGAGAUGUUCACGGCUCUGUCGAUCAGUGAGAAGAGAGCUCCUAACGAUUAUAAGGUGGCGACGAAGAUGCAAAUGGCGAAGAAGAUCUGGCCGUAUGCGGAUUCUGCUCAUUUUAAGAAGAAGAUCCUCAAUCUUUGAACUAUUUCUGAACUGAUUGACCCCUGAAACUAUGAAUUUGUGAAAAAAA